UAAAUUUAAUUCAUGGGGCGUGUUUGAACUUUGAUGUGGCAUUAGUAAAGUGUAAAGUUUGAGUGACUAUUGUAUUUAUUAAGAAAUAUCGAUGUAUAAGACGAGGACUUAUCAUGAAUAUACAUAUUUUAGCCUACGUAUGUAUGUAGUAUGUGUAAUGUUGUUGUAGUGAACGGCAUUUUGACGGGUUUCUCAGUUAUGCGCUACGUCACGACACACCUCCUUCGCCAAGUCAUGCUGAUUUAUAGUUUAUACAUAGAACGGAGAUUGCACGUGACACACCUCCCGUAUGCACCUCGUGACGUGAUGUGGCGAUGCCUUCGUCUUUCUCGACCUGCAGCAACAACCGGCAGACCGGUUAAUAGGAAUUUUUGUUUAAAUAACCUUGUGCAACACUUCUAUGCUUGUUUACGGUGUCAGGCGGAAAGUAAAAAAGAUUAUUAUGGGAAACAGGAUUGCGUAGUAGUUUGGGGGGAGUGCAAUCAUUCCUUUCAUUACUGCUGCGUUUCGUUGUGGGUGAAGCAAAAUAAUCGAUGUCCUCUUUGUCAGCAAGAAUGGUCGAUUCAACGAAUGGGGAAGUAACUCCAAUGGUUUUUAAUAAUUAUUAUUUUACGGCGUACUUACAGUGAUUUUAUGAAUUGUAGCACCACUUAAUUUUUAUAAUUUUAUAGCUA